AUGAUCAUAACCGCCGGAGGACUAACGAGAAUUGUUUUCUAUUUGCAGACGGUGCAGCAUGGAUUUCCAAACAAGCCGACAGCCCUCGCGUGGGACCCGAGUUUACGAUUGAUGAUCAUUGGUGCGGCAUCCGGCGCCAUCAAAGUGGUCGCGUGGUUUCACUCUGCGACGACAACUCUCUUCACUUGUGGGAAAUCAACGAGAGUUCGCUCGUGGAGACCAAGUCGCUGUCGUUGGAAGGUAAAUUGAAGAAGAUUUCGGCGAUGUGCCUCGAGUCGAGCGGCGAGCAUCUCCUCCUGGGCACGGAGGGCGGGAAUAUCUAUCUCCUCAACUUGAAAACGUUCGUGAUGCCUGACAACAUCAUUUACCAGGACGUGGUGAUGCAAAACGUGCCAGACGACUACAAGAAGAAUCCAGGAGCGGUCGAGGCGAUAGCGGAACAACCAGGUCACCCGGACAAUAUUCUGAUAGGUUACAAUCGUGGUUUGAUGGUUUUGUGGAACAAAGCGACUCCAGGAGCCCAACAGACAUUCGUCUCCACGCAACAGCUGGAAUCGGUCCACUGGAUCUCUGAAACCCGUUUUGUCUCCUCCCACAACGAUGGAUCCUAUGCAUUUUGGAGUCCAGGCAGUGACAGCAUGCUGGAGUCGACCACACCCUACGGGCCAUUUCCCUGCAAAGCUAUCACGAAAAUUCUCGUCUAUUCGACUGCAGAACUCGGAGAGCUCGUUUUAUUUUCCGGUGGGAUGCAACGUGCGAGUUACGGCGAUCGUUACACGAUCACCGUCAUGGCCAAGGGGAAGCACGUUGUUUUCGAUUUCACGUCAAAAGUGAUCGAUUUCUUCACUGUGUUUUCUAAACCAGAGGAUGGAAAAGAUUCGUCGGAUAAUCCAGAAGCGCUUGUGGUAUUGGCCGAAGAAGAGAUAGUAGCCAUUGACUUGAAUAAUCCUGAAUGGAAGAUGAUGGCACUGCCUUAUCUAGUAUCUCUCCAUGCGAGUGCGGUCACUUGUUCGCAACACGUACCGAACGUUCCUGACGAAUUGUGGGAAAAUAUUAUUGCAGCUGGCAAGGCACAAACGGAACAUCUAUACUCGGACAAAGCAUGGCCUAUAGAUGGUGGAAUUAUCCUUAAUCAGAAAUCGAGAAACGACAAACCAAAAGAACUGUUACUGACCGGUCACGAAGAUGGAACCGUCAGAUUCUGGAACGCGUCUGACGUUGCUCUGACACCUCUCUACAAGUAUAACUCGUCUAUCUUAUUUGUCGGCGAACACUUGGACGUUCUUGAACAACCACCGGAGGAUGACGAAGACGAAUGGCCUCCAUUUAGGAAAGUUGGAACUUUCGAUCCCUACUCGGAUGACCCGAGAUUGGCUGUAAAGAAAGUUUCUCUUUGUCCAUUAACAUCGAGGCUAGUUGUUGCUGGCACAGCUGGCCAUGUAAUUACAGCCGUUAUGUCAACAGAACCGAUCAACAAACAGAUCAAAGCCGUUACAAUGAACAUUGUAAAUGAUCGCGAUGGAUUUGUUUGGAAAGGUCAUGAUCAUCUUCCUGCAAGGACAACCAACAUAUCUUUCGCAGUUGGUUUCCAACCGCAAAAUCUUCUUCAAUUAUAUCCACCAGCUGCGGUCACAGCAUUGGCUGUGCACAGUGAAUGGGGCCUGCUUGCAGCAGGUACGGCACAUGGUUUAGCCGUUUUCGAUUAUACAAGGGCAAAAGCUGUUAGCGUGAAAUGUACACUCAACCCGAAUGAUCUUUCCGGAGCAGGCGACACGCCGAUCAGUAGAAGAAAGUCGUUUAAGAAAUCAUUGAGAGAAUCCUUUAGAAGAUUAAGAAAAGGAAGAUCGCAACGUCGAACAAAUGCCACUAGUCCAACCAGAACUACGACGUUAGAAAAGAAAAAAGAAACGUCCAGUAUCGCUUCCUCUCCGAGUGGUGACCUUUCACCUGUGGAAUUGAAGCCUGUGGAGAGACAGGUAGAAGCAAGACCUGUAGACGAUGUAUUGGGGUCAAUGGUUCGAUGUUUAUAUUUUGCUAGGAGUUAUAUUAUAAGCAUGCAAAAUACUACACCUACGCUUUGGGCAGGUACAAAUAACGGUACGGUUUAUGUUUUCACAUUAGCAAUUCCUGCUGGUACCAGAAGAACAGAAGAGGAUGUAAAUUGUACAUUAGGAAAAGAGAUUCAAUUAAAGCACAGAGCACCUGUAAUUGCAAUUGCAAUUCUCGAUGGGUCUAGCGUACCAUUGCCAGAGCCAUUUGAAGCCGAGAAAGGCGUAAGUCCAGAGCCCGACGUCGCUUCUCCACACAGAGUUAUAAUUGCUAGCGAGGAACAAUUCAAAAUCUUUAAUCUUCCAUCCUUGAAACCGUACUGUAAAUACAAACUUACCGCACAUGAGGGUUCACGAGUAAGAAAAACGGGUUUUGCAAAAUUUGUGUGCUCACUGGAAUCCAUGGGAACCCAUGAGGAAACCUGUUUAUUAUGCCUGACUAAUCUUGGUGACUGUUUAGUUCUCAGUAUUCCUGAAUUAAGAAGGCAGCUCAACGCCGCUGCCAUUAAGAAGGAAGACAUCAAUGGGAUUUCUUCGUUGACGUUCACGAAAGCUGGUGAGGCAUUAUAUCUGUAUUCAAGUUCAGAACUGCAACGAAUUUCAUUGUCGGCUAAUAAAGUGACAAAAGCACACUGUGCGCUAAACUUACCACCAAACGCUAGAUUAUCUUCUGAAGUAAACAACGGUGAAACUCAGGAGCAAGGUGUAGUCGAAGGUACGGCAGAAACGGAAGGUGAGACUACACAGGGAAGUCAAUCGAUUACGGCACAAAGGAUGAUUACAGAGAAUGCGGUGGGUUCUACCGGUGCCGAAGAAUCUCCUGCAACAAGUACCAAUAAUGUAAACGGAGAAGAUGAUCGUCAGGAUUUAAGUUCUAUUGGAGAUAUAACAAUCGAUAGCGUGAAGGAUCAUCUACUAAAUGCGACGUCUUCCGAAGAACUUCAUAAUCGUCUUGCGGGACUUAAAAUGGAGGUGACCUCACGAACUUCGGAAAUUUCUACUCAAAAUCAAUCUCUCGUUGUAAAGACCACAACCGUUGUUUCACAAACAACCAACAAUACCACCGUUAACGGGGAGAUCGAAACAAGUCAGACAAACGAAACACAAUUAGAGAACUGAUUUGUUAAACUUGGAAAUAACGACAACUAUAGUGAAUACUGAAAAGUCGAAAGCUCCAUUGACCACUGAAGAAGUUGGUUUGUAGGAGGAAUACUUCAAAUUUCUUUAUGCUCUAUUCCCCGACUUGAUGUUUUGUACGCAGAACCACACAAUAAUUAGAUUCUUUGUUACUUAAUGGAUCCACUUGUAUAUAGCCUUGAUAAAUAGAAUUUAUAUCGUGGAUUUUUUAAAAAUCUAGAUCUAUACGCGGCAUUAACUUAUUAGCUAUAAACAAUAAGUGAGUGAACUUCGACAAAUCAAUUAAGAUAUACAUAUGUACUAUAUAGAUACUAACUGCCAGAAUUUUACAUUUUAAUCGAUUAUUCUCAGUAUUCUCAUUUCUUUUAACAAUCAAUUUUGUAAUUGUGAAAAAUUUAUUGUAAAUUUACCAAAACUAGGCCUAGUAAUUUUAAUAAGAUGCAUUUUAUUUACAAACAGAUUAAAUUUUAAGAAAAAAGAUAAAAAUAUUUCAUGUUCUUUCACUUGUAAAUCAAUCUAUUAAAUUUUUAUUGAGUAUAAUUUUAAUAAAUGUUUCAUUGAUAUACAUUUUUAAGAAAAAAAAUUGAAAAAAGAUUGUAUGAUUCUUUUCGUAACAUGUAAGUAGACAUAAUUUAAAAACUAUAAUUUGUACAAAGAAGCAAGCUAUUCUAAUGCAACAAAUAUAUUGUACUACGUCAUAUUUUGAAAUAAUAAAAUUAUUCUCAUUGUAGGAAAAGUUAUAGAAAAGCGGGAGAAACUUAAAAUGCAAUCAUUGAUUUAAAAUGACCACGUGUACUUUUUCUUGAUGUUCGUUAAUUUUUUUUUUUUUUUUUUUU